AUGUCGUAUAGUAGAAGACGCCGCAACCGAACAACUCUGUGCUACACAGAAGAAAUCUCGAGUGACGAUGACAUGAGCCAGUACGAGGAGAGCCAUAUCGAAGCAGGCCCGAGUGAUGAUGACAAUAUCGAACACGAGUGGUUGGGAACGAGGUUUGCUCCGAAAAGCCCUCAUGUCUUGUCCAUGGAGGAGCAAAUGGAGGCGUUCGACAAAAAGUUCCACCUUCAAGAAGCCGUCAACAACACCAAUGCCUCACCAGAGUUGAAGGAGAAGUACAGGAAGGCUGGUCGACUGUUGCGCAGGGCUCUAGAGGAAACGAUCAAGAUCGGCAUGUCAUUUCAGUGCAUUACCCUAGUCAAGGACCAAGGCGGUGUCGUCUUUGCUUUCUUGGAGAUGGAUCUCGAGGAAAUCAAAGAACUCAUCUCCGACAAAGGCGUUGACGCAAUUGUGCAGCUCGAGCUGCCAGGUCUCGCAUGCCACAAGGACAAACAAGAGAAGGCGGACGAUCUCAUUCGACUACAGAGCCCUUUUCACAAAGCAUCUGGACAACAAAUGCCACCGCCAAGGAAAGGGCACGCGAUGGCUGGAAGGAGCAGAAGGAAUAGAUACAAUGGCAGAUGCUGA